AUGGAUGAAUGGCUCCCGGAAGAAGACAGCGGCUUGCCUGUCGGCGAGCUCAUGGGCUUAUCGGGUGCCAAUGUGGACGAACAGCUGCCCCCUGACUUGGACUCCCACGAUGAGGAUUUGGGGUCCCCGGAGGAGUUGCCGUCGUCGGACGAUGGGAUGGCGAUAGCGGCAGCCUGCUGCAAGAAGAACUGCAUGACAGUUUUUCGGCGCCGAGAUCUCUCAGUACGACAUGCACUUUUCAAGUCGGAGCUGGAUGCUUUGUCAGACAAUGACCGGCAAGUUAUGCUGUUCGAUCUACUGAAGAAGGUCUUCCAGGAGGGCGGCAACGACUCCGAGCAGCCGGUCAAGUGGCAGUUGCUAGGAGUUCCUGUCUGCUUCGGUGCAUUCAAGAGUUUGGUGGGAGUGUCUGCACCACUCAUCCAGAAGAUGAUGUCUGCCGUGAAGCAAGGCCAUCGCGACCCUCCCGUAGACGGACGAAAGGAAAGGCAGCUGAGAGAGCGGCCGGCGGCUACCAGAGCUGCUGCCUUUUUCCAAUGGGUCUAUGAUAACCUGGGGGAGCCGUUGGCCGAGGUUAAGUGCCGGGAUGAGGCUACAGCCCACGACGACGAGGAUGAUGCUGAGCUCCCCAUCAUGCAGGACUCUGCGGUUGGACCGGUUGGCAGUGCAGUUGUGGGCAACAAGCAGAAGGAAAUCAGGUGGAUACACCCGACAACCAUUGCCGAGCUUUACGACCUUCACAAGCAGACGUGCAGCGACGGCUCCCGGCUAUCCAAGUGGCGAGAACUUGCAAAGACAGAGGAGGAGAAGGUCGCUACCCAAAAUGCCAAGCGGGAGCACUUGAUCGGGGUCUUCGCUGACAGGGCAUUGGGCAGACGUCUCAUGGUCAGCUGCGAGUGCUCCUCAGAGCCGUCCCUGAACCCAGAUCCCAUGACUGGGAUCCUCUAUCUUCAGGUAGAUGGCAUGGAUCAGGCGAAGUUCAAGCUGCCAAGAAUGGCAUCGACGAACUCCAAAGAGUUCGCCCACGUGUACCGCCCGGCCCUCCAUAUGAUCGGGGCCCUGAUUCCUGGCGUGGCGGAAAUCUAUUUCUUGACUGAAGCUGAUGUCAAGAAAGAUACUUCGACCACAUUGACCUGUGUUUGUAUGGCACCGAGGAACAGCACAGGCAGAGCCCUCCAGAUCGCGGAGGAAGUCCUCAAGCGAAGAGGGCUGCAGAUGCCCUCGCACUUCACAUUACAGUGCGACAACACCUGCAGAGAGAAUCGAAACAGCAUCACUUUCAAGUUUGCAUCCUGGCUGACCAGUCAUUCCAUUUACCGCACGGUGGACCUUCUCUACUACCGAGUCGGUCAUACACAUUGCGAGUUGGACCAGCGAUUCUCCGUCUGCGGGAGUCACUUGGCUCGAAAGGAGAAUCUCCAGACAUUGGAGGACUCGUGCAUUCGGCAUGCAAGCGGUCAUGUGCAUGCUGUGCGAAGGGCCGAUUAUGUGUUUCAGCUGUUAACACCGACCCGGCAGGAGUUCCGUGAUUGCCUGUUGGAGAUUCAGCCUCCAGGCUCACGGGAGAUCCAUGCGGAGAUCCUGAUGCAGACCUGGGAUUGGAAAAAGUUUCUGGAGCCGAUGCCGGUGAAAUACACUGGCCUCGUCAUCACAGAGCAGGAGGAGUCGGUUUCCCAUGGCUUCAGAUUCCUUCAACGAAGCGACGUGAAGCAGUACAAGGGCUUUGCUACUAGGCAGCAUAUUCACUUCAUAGGCGGGCCUUGCAUCGUUUUCGAGGAGAAGCAGUCGCCCUCCGAUGUCGUGCUCCUGGUGAAGCAGUUCAUGUCAGAUAAGCACCUGACUCAGGCGCUUGUGGCACUCCCUGCUUCGGCAGCCUUGCCGCUGACAGGGCCCACUUCUUUCGCCGAUCGAAAUCCUUUGUCGGAUAAGUUGCUGAGCGAGUAUCGAAAGACGGCGAGUGCAUUGGAGAGACCGCCAUGGUCGUACGACAAGGCAGCUCGAUACUUGCGAAGCUGGUGCGAUCGCAAUCAAACGGUGGGAAACGGCGACGGCGAGCCGCCUCAGAUGUGCAGCUUCGUUCCGAAAACAUGGGUGCGAGAGCAGCCCGAUGACUUUCUGAACUUCGCCCCCUCGCCGCCGAAGCCUGUCAACAUCGUCGGAGCCCCUCCUGGUGGUGGCAAGAAGCUCAAGAGGAAGAGGGGCGAUUGCUCGGCAGCACAGGCCCCCACUAAUUCUGCGAACUCCGCACCCGUGCCGGCGGAUGCACCGGUGCCGGCGGAUGCACCGGUGCCGGCGGAUGCAGGGUCACAGGCAGCUCAAGGAUCUCCGAGCCCAGCCGUCCCGAAGGCAGCUGCAAAGGCAACUGCCAAAGCGGCGGCCAAAGCUUCGGCACGUGUCCCCAAGGCCAAAGCGAAGGCGAAGGCUAAGGCGGCAAGUGAUGUGAAUUUGCUAAUGACUGCUGGCACCUAUCCGAGGCUCGCCCUGGACCGCGACCGCAAGUUCAGCAACAGCUUGGUUGCUCCAAGUGCCGGCACAGUGCUACAGGUUGUGGUCGAUGCAGACCUCGAUUCGAAGCAUGGCAGCGGCAGCAGGGUGAAGUGUGAGCAAACGUGA